AUGCGUUUCCNUGCGUUGCCACGAGAGACCCGGAAAGAGAAAGUUCUUCAUCAGACACACGUGGGUGUUCGGAACGCCGGCCUCAUCCGAAAGUUCCACCGCUACAGACCGCAGACUUGGCAGCAGGCGAUUGAUACCGCGCGGGAGGAGGAACAAUUGGAAGAUGUUAUACGCCAGUACCAGAUAUCGGCACCAUCGUACGCCAUGGCUGCCGGCCCAUUCAGGACACCUCAGGGUUACAGCCGCCCACCACAGCCCAACUCCGGACCAGCAGGCGCCUACCAGCGAGGUCGUAGCCGAGUUCCUCGUUGGUCGACAGAGCGCGGCAACUGUGAUUACUGCCGAUGA